AUGGAGAAGUGUCUCUCAGUGUGCACGGAUGAUAUUGUCCUACUUCAAGCCAAGGUGGAAACUAUGUCAAAGGAGCUGAUUAAACUAGAGAACAAGUGUGAAGAUUUGGAGUCCAGGUCACGUCGUAAUAAUUUACGCAUUGUUGGUGUGCCAGAGGAAAACAUCCUGUCUCCCACAGACGUGUCUACGCUUCUGAUGGAAGCUUUCGAACUUGAGAAGGAGCCACUUGUGGACAGAACUCAUUGGACCUUGGCCCCCAAACCCAAUCCCAAUGAGCGUCCUCGGGCUAUAGUAGUUAGGAUGCACUAUUACGCGGACUGGGCCAAGAUUCCUCACAGCCAGGGAGCUGCAGCAGAUAAAGAUGCGGGAGCGCGGUGCCGGGAGCGCGCGCACGGGGAGAAGUCUCUCCCACGUCUGUCUGCUGCUGUCCAGAAGUUUUCCCAGUCCCUGCAGGAGUUCCAGUUCGAGUGCAUCGGCGAUGCAGAAACAGACGACGAGGUGAACAUCGGUCUGUCUGCUGCUGUACAGAAGUUUUCCCAGUCCCUGCAGGAGUUCCAGUUCGAAUGUAUCGGCGAUGCAGAAACAGACGACGAGGUGAACAUCGGUAAGUUCUGCUCAGGAGGAGGCAUUUCAUCCUCCUUUGUUCUCCGCGUGAACUAA